AUGCCCAUCACCGAAUUCGCUCUCCUGCGUCUCAAAGAACAGGAACCAUCAGCGCAGACCAAGUCCAGUCUUCGCGAUGUUGUCAAGGAACAAUCCGCCUGGUCAAAGUACCCAGUGAACUUCCUUCGUCAGAUCGAAGACUCAAGUCUAGUCUACCUCCUCGGUGGAUGGGCGUCCGUGGCCGAACACUUCGGAGACUGGAUUACCUCCGAGCCGAAUCAGCGGUUACUAGCUGAACUCAAGGAUGCCAUUGAUAUAGAAUGGUUAUUCCAUCUGGAGAUCGAUCCUUCUGCAAACAGCAUCCCCCUCAAUGCACCGGUCCUCGGUAUAAGCCGAUACUUUGUGCAGGCUAGCAAGAAGGACGAAUUCGAAAACGUCUUCACAGUAGGGGCCCCUCAUCUCGGAGAAUACACUGCUCCGUACGGUUACGCUGGCGGCUGGCGCAUUGAUAAAGAAGGCGAGGAUGAGGAAUUCGUGCUCUUCAGUGGCUGGAACAAAGUCGAAGAUCACUUUGCUUUUGCCGAGUCUGAUGCUUUCAAGGAAUUUGGGAAGAUCAAAGAUGCUAUCAAGGGUGCGGUAAUUAAACAUGUACACUUGGAAAAGUGGGAGUAG